AUGUUGGUGCCCCUGAUUCUGGUGGCUGCAGCCUUGGCAUCUGCUCAUCAUUCUGGAGAGGACUUUGAAGGAAGUAAAGUUUUCCGUGUCAGUGUUGACAAUGAAAAUCAUGUGAACUUAAUGCAUGAGUUGGCCAGCGCCAGACAGAUUGACUUCUGGAAACCAGAUUCUGCUGCUCAAAUCAAACCUCACAGCACAGUUGAUUUCCAUGUUAAAGCAGAAGAUGUUGUCACUGUGGAAGAUUUCCUGGAGCAGAACGAACUACACUAUGAGGUAAUGAUAAGCAACCUGAGAAGUGCGAUGGAAGCCCAGUUUGACAGCCACAGCCGUGCAACAGGACACAGUUACACAAAGUACAACAACUGGGAAACGAUAGAGGCCUGGACAAAACAAAUUGCUGCUGAGAAUCCAGAUCUCGUUUCUCGCAGUAGCAUCGGAACCACAUUUGAAGGACGUUCAAUGUACCUCCUCAAGGUUGGCAAAGCUAAAUCAAAUAAGCCUGCUGUCUUCAUAGAUUGUGGUUUCCAUGCGAGAGAGUGGAUUUCUCCUGCAUUUUGCCAGUGGUUUGUGAAAGAGGCUGUACGCACCUAUGGACAAGAGACCCAAAUGACGGAGCUGCUUGAUAAAUUAGACUUUUAUAUCCUGCCUGUGUUUAAUAUCGACGGCUACAUCUACACCUGGACCUCGAGUCGAAUGUGGAGAAAGACCCGUUCUACCCAGACUGGAGUUUCCUGCCGUGGCGUUGAUCCCAACAGAAAUUUUAAUGCUGGCUGGUGUGAAAAUGGAGCUUCUAAACAACCCUGUUCUGACACUUACUGUGGCCCCACUGCAGAGUCUGAAAAAGAGACCAAAGCCUUAACUGAUUUCAUCCGGAAAAAUCUCUCUUCCAUCAAAGCAUAUCUGACAAUCCACUCAUACUCCCAGAUGUUGCUCUACCCUUACUCCUAUUCCUACAAACUGCCUAAGAACAAUGCUGAGUUGAAUGCCCUGGCUAAAGCUGCUGUGAAUGAACUUGCCUCCCUGCAUGGCACCAAGUACACUUAUGGCCCAGGAGCCACUACAAUCUAUCUUGCUGCUGGAGGCUCUGACGACUGGGCUUAUGACCAAGGAAUCAAAUAUUCCUUCACCUUUGAACUCCGGGAUACAGGCAGAUAUGGCUUUCUGCUUCCGGAGUCCCAAAUCCGUGCAACCUGCGAGGAGACGCUGCUCGCAGUCAAACACAUUGCCAGCUAUGUCGUGCAGCACCUGUACUAGUCCCUCAUGCGGAAAGCUUUCUUUCACAAUGUUUGCAGCUCAUUUCUUGUCUGUCUUGAAUCCUUAUUAUUCU